AUGUUCAUGAUCAUUCAGAAAGACUCUUCCGUCGGAGAAAGCGUUACAGAAGGGAUGAGCACGCCGCAUGAGAAAACUGCAAAACAGGUGUGUGUGUGUGUGUGGUUUGUGUGUGUUUGUUUUCAUGUGAAUGCUUCAUUUACAGUUAAUUACACAAUGUAUUUAGAAUGUGGCUGAUAUAUUAAUUAUACUGUGUCAUUUCUCUUACUCUAAUAAACAAACUUUGAUGUUUUAGCGUCUUUUUGUUUUUCAGAUUAUAUUAUGUGGCUAUAUGUCUGUCUGUCUGUCUGUCUAUGAUUGAGGGGCUCACUGCUGUGUAUUAGGGGGAGUUGAGGGGUAGAAGAUGAGAGGAUUGAUAUAGAAUGAGGUGGGGGUAGGGAUUUUCUUGCAGGUAUGGUAUAUGAAACCAGUGAAUCUUAAGGGUUUUGGCAGAGGUUAUGGGAUGAGAUACAUUUUUUGAGAAUUUUCACCUGUGAAUUUAACCUCAAACACUAAUUUAUUCAUUAAUCAAUGACUGUUAAUUAUUCAGUGUGAAAUAAUAACAUCUUAUUAGUUUAAUAGUUUUUAUGAAACUUUAGUAUGGAAAUUGACUCAGUCCCUGACUAUCAGUAUGAAUGUUGUUAUAAUGGAUCUCUCACAUGUACUUUCCCCAUGCAGGUAAAAGCAGCGAUCAGUAAGAAGGUUCAGAGGCAGCAGAAGAAGCAGAGGAGGUGGUCCAGUGAGCAGAGUGGAGUCUCAGAGGUCUCAGCGGCUGGAGUCAAGCCCCCCCAUGGUAGGAGGUACACUCCCUUCCCCGUGACAGCGAGAGACAGAGAGAGGGGUACAGGGGAUGAAGAGGAGGAAGAGGAGGACCUGGAUGUGGAGGAAAAGGUGGCAGAAAUGAUGAAGACGGGUAGUCAGAAGCAGGAAGAGAAGGAGCCCAUAGACCUGCUGCCUAUAAUGGACCCAGCGUUCGGACCGGUAAGAACCAGGAUGACCUGGCAUAGACCUGCUUUAGCCGUGAGUGUGAGUGUGUGUGUCCAUCCAUGCCCAUCCAUCAAGGCAUGA